CUAUCCAGCCAAUAAGUCCAGGAAUCAACUUCACAGCACCAUGAAAACUUCUUGCGCAGUAGCUUUGGCAUCGGUGGCAACAGCCUCCGGGUUCAUGGUGCCGGUCGCCACACCUACGCGAUCGAGGACUUCGUUGGCGUCUGGCUCCGCCCAGUUCGAUGAGAUCCUUCAGGCGCCAGAGGCGGAGGAGCCGCCACCGCCGAUCGAGCUCACGGGCCCCCAGUACGUGAAGACGCUGGCCGGCGCUAGCGCACCGUUCCCGUACUUCGACCCCCUCGAGAUCUCGUCCAAGUUCCGCGCGAUCGACGUGAAGAAGUUCCGCGAGAGCGAGAUCAAGCACGCGCGAGUGGCGAUGCUAGCCUUCUUGGGGAUGUUCGUGCAGGAGCUGGCCCACCCCCUCUUCGAGAACGGCGGGAAGGACAUCGGCCCGGCCAUCGUCCACUUCCAGGCGGUCACGAACUACUUCCCGUUGAUGCCCGCGCUCUUGCUGAUCAUCGUCGGGAUCUUCGAGGGGAACAACAUCUACGUGGGGUGGGUGAAGCAGCCGUUGAAGCUGGGUGUGGCCGACCUGAAGCCAGACUACGAGCCAGGAAGCUUCGGUUUCGACCCCCUCGGACUCUACCCCAAGGAUGAAGCUGGCAAGAAGGCCAUGAUGACGAAGGAGCUCAACAACGGCCGCCUGGCCAUGAUCGCAACCAUCGGCGUUUGGGCGCAGGAGCUUGUCGACGGCAAGACUAUCCUUGGGCACCUUUCCGGCUGA